AUGUUCGAGCGCCUGAAGAAGACGGUAAGGACAAGUGCGGGGGUGCUCAUGGUUUCAGAAGAAAACACGCAAGGUCUCGAGCACAACCUCGCCGAAUGCGACCGGAAUUGGAGCCGUGCGCAAGAAGAAGUCGGUGCAGAAGGAUGACAGGAACAUGGGUGAGUUGAUUUGGCUUCGGAGUUGGGGGUUUUUGGAGGGGAUAUUGCUUGAAUUUUAUAAUAAGGGAAGUGUUUGAAAUGCAGUAGGAUCCACCACCAAUGCUCAGAUUUUCUUUAGAUUUUUCACCCACCUCGGGCAAGGGUCAUACAGUGAGGGACCUGGUCCAGUGGCAAAAAACCUACCGUUUUCAUCCAGGAAGUAUCAAAAAAUGUGGCAAAAUACCUCCUUCUUCAAGUGAAAAAACUCCAAUUUCAUAAGCUCUUUCUUGAGGGAAAGAUUGCGCUUUUCAAAACGAAAUUUUUCACAUGGAGAGGGAAGCAUUUUGCUUCAUUUUUGACACUUCCCAGACGCAAAAUGGUACGUUUUUUGACGCUGGAUCAGGUCCGUCAUUGUAUACUGUGCACACACUUCAUGAAGAGUCUGCACAUUGAUUGCUUUAUCGCGUACCGUCUUUUCGGGUCAUAAACAGUUCGGGUCAACACAAAACCGAUUGAUAUGGGGCGUAGGGCAGGUGGACGCCCCCAAAAAAGGUUGUAGGAAGUGCCUACGAGGCCUGGAAAAGCCACUGGAUGGUCGGCGAAGGCUCGGCGAAGGCUUGGCGGAGAGUUGGCAGAGUUGAAAAAUGUCCACUCUUUCUAAUUUUAGCUUUUGCCAAGGUUAGUUUACUUUUUCUUUUUAAAAGCGCUACGUGGAUAAAGUGCAAUGGAAAUGAAUGUUAUGCACUUUCUAGCACAUAACAGAGUACAUAAUUAAAUGAAAAAUGGGGGUAGGUUAGUUCACAAUCCCAGACAGAUUGGCCAAAAAAUUGUCAGGGUUUUUACACUUUCAGAAGUAGGUAUACUUCUUAUAAUUCCCCAAUUUUACAUUUUCUUUUCUUCAUUUCCCCCACUGAUCCUUCGUAUGCAUUUGACGUUGAUCUUUGUCGUUUGUCUGCCCCGCUGUUACACAAUAUGUCACUCAUUGAUCUUCCUCUUGGUUUGUUCGACGCCUAAAGAAAUAUCACGACUGCCAGACAUGGGAUUUAGAUGGAUUGGGGUUGUUUUCUCUCGGAAUUUUCUACGUCAUCUUCAUCUUUUUUGAUGACUAAAAGAACUUGGUGACUUGAGGUAUUUUGAGGGUGACAUGGCGUGUCGGCCGGCCUGGGACAACAAAUUUUGCAGUUCGGCCAUGGGCUUCUAUUUCCGGGCCCGGGACAGUCGGGUUUUACAGAAAAUGCGGAUUUUCCAAGAAUUCUCAAGAUAUUGGCGGAAUUUGAGAAAAAAAUCACCCAAAAAUAUUGCAGGAGAACAUCAGAAAGGCAAAAAAAUUCUGGCCUCCUUCAGAAAAAGCAAAAUAGAAUGGACAGAGCUUCUUGGCAUCCAAAAAAGCCGGCUAAAACGUUUUUUAACAAAAUGAAAAAAAAAAUUGAAAAGAGAGAAAUGCACUGUGCAAUAUCAAAAAGCGCGGAAAAGGUUCAAAAUCUCUCUGUGGGAAGAGAGAAAGUGUCCAUGCACCCCCGAAGGUACUAACGAUUGUGCACUGUGACCCCGCACAGUGCAAAAAAAAUUUUUUGAAAAGGGCAAUCCAAAGCACAGUGCGCUGUUUUAUCGCAGCCCGCCAAAUUUUUAUCGCGCAACACCUCGUCGCAACGCCCAUUGAAUGCGCCCACACAAUGUUGGGUGAUUUCCAAAAUUUUUUGAAAUUGAAAAAAUAAGGUGUGACAUGUUAUACGAUGAAAAGGUUUUUUUCAAAUUGAGAAAAGUCAAGUGUAACAAAGUGAAAAUUUUUUAUCGUUUAACAUGUCACAGAGAAAAGUAAAGUGUAACAAAGUGAAAUUUUUUUUAUCGGAUAACAUGUCACACCUUAUUUUUUCAAUUUUCAAAAUAAGGUGGAAUCAUGAAUUCGGCGUUGCGACAAGGUGUCGCGCGAUAAAAAUUUGGCGGGGUGCGAAUGAAGAACGCACCGUGCGUUGUUUACCCUUUUUCAAAACAACCUUUUUGCACUGUGCGGUGUCGCAUUGCACCGUAAAUUUUACUUGUCGCCGCGCGACAAAUUUCAUGCACGACGGCGCACUGUGCAGACAUGUCAAGACUUUUUGGCCCGCCUAGUACACCAUUUUACAUGCUUGCACAGUGCAAACAUAUCAAUAACUUUUGGCCCACGAAUCAGUCUGUCGGGAAAGUAAUGAGCGUAAUGACACUUCUCUUUUACCUUUUUUACUACAUUUUUGCAUUUUAUUCAUUAUACAGAGGUUUUCUCCUCGUUAUAAACUUUUCCAUACUACUCCAACUAUCUCCCUCCUUUCUUUUUUUCCACCCUCUCUCUCUUUGUUUACACGCACUGGAUUACGUCAUAUCGGAUUUAAUCCCAUAAAAUGAUUCGCUCAACAAGAAGGGGGAAUCUUUUUUUUUCCUUUUUUUAUUACGUAUGACCUCACGGAGCAAGAUCUUUUUGAUGUGGAAAAGAGAGAGAGAGUGGGGCUUUUAUUCGAUUUUAAUUUUUUUUUCUGUUUGUUUCAAAGAUUUCGCGGCCAUUUCGAACUCUUUGUUUAUGCACACGGUUCGGUUCAACGGGCGGGAAAUCACGUUUCGCAACGUGAAUGACGUUCCUAGGCAUGUAAACGGCGAUAUUUAUAUAUUUUUUGGGGAUUUUGAAUGGUUGAGAGCUCUUGGGCAAUUUCAAAAAAAUUUUUUUUUUUAUUUUUUUUUUAUUUGCAAUUUUAAAUAUUGAAAAUUUAGUUUGUCGGGAAAAUAAUGUGGAUUUUUUUCUAACUUAGAACUGUUUAUCAUCACUUUGCGAGGGCUGAAUAUUUGGUGCGCGACAAAUUUUCAAAAAAAAAAUCCACAUUAUUUUCCCGACAGACUGAUAGUAGAUGGUUUCAUAAAGUGUGUAGACUUUUUUCGGCCUCUGUUUUGCAUCACAUAGUGCAUAUUGCGCUACAUAAUCUUUUUUGAAGCGCUUUGCACUGUGCAAUUUCUUUUCGCAUGCCCAGAAUUCGAAAAAAAUGAUGAAUAUCUCGGCUGCCGCUGAAAAGUGGAAGUUAAGAUUUUCAGGAAUUAAUACGUAGACUAUGUACAAUGUAUGAGCAAAAUUUUUUAAAGAUCGAAGAAAUUUUUUUUUUUUUUUUUUUUUGAAUUUUACCCUUUUUAGCUCCAAAAAUCGUCAUUUAUUAGAUAAAAAUAAUCAAACAAAAAAAAAUACUAUUACACUUUGCAAAAUUACUAAAAGUACACAACAUUUUUUUUACAAAAAACUAAUUUUUUCUCAUUUUUAUUACCAAUUUUCAUGGCUAAAACCCGCAAAAGGAUUCUUCACGCCCUCUCCCCCAUUUACUUGGCAUUUUUGGAUAAAUCGAAAUGAAAAAAAUGAAUUAAUCGGAUUGCGGGUUUUUAUUCUGAUUACUUUUUUCAUAAGGCAGCGGAUUUUGGAGGACAAAAAGAGGUUUAUUUCGCUUCUUUCGCUACAUUAGAGAGUGUAGAAGGGCGUAAAGAGGUCUGAAAGAGGGUUGGUUGGAAAUUUUAGAUAAUUUUUUGACUUUUUUUUGAUUUUUGCUGGCACUUUUUGUUUUUUUUGACCAAAGAUGGCUUAAAAAUGAUUGGUUUGCGUGAAAAUUAGCAAAUUUAGAGUAUACCAGUCCUUCCGGAAAGCCGCCGGACUGAAAUCAACGACACGCAAGAUGCGCUGUGCGCCGCUAAAAAAGGUCUACGCACUUUUCUUUCUGAAAAGUGCGGAGACAUUUUGUAGUCCGUCCACAAUGUCGCUGGAAUGAAAUCGGCGACACGCACUGUGCGAAAAAAGGCCGGAAAAAGUCUACGGACUUUCUGGAACGACUAGUAUUACGUUUUUUUUUCAAAAAUGCAGAGACAUCUUCCGCGCUUUUUCGCACCGCACCAUUCAUGUUCCACGACGAAAUCCAUCUCAAAACAUUUUGCACUGUGCUGUUUCUAAAAAUUCGCGCCGGCUCCGUUGAGAAAAGCCACGAAGGAAGGUCCGCUGCGGAAAAGGUCCGCUAAAAAAAAGAAAAGACGAUGGCGGAGAGGGGGGAGGUUUUCGAUGGCGCUGAUUUCGAAUAUCAUAUCCAUUUUUUCUGAAUUUUACAAUUUUGCUUAAGCAGUAGUGUUAAUUUAAUGGAUUUAGGGGUUUUCGGUGGUGCUGAUUUCGAAAAUUGUAUCCAUUUCUUCUGAAUUUUUGCCUCUCUUCCUCAAUUCUUUAAAAUAAAUGUUUUAAUUGGUAAAAACUUGGUCAAACUUGUAUGAUAUUGAAAGAAAACUUAUGACGCUUUUUUCGUCUUUACAGCGAAAAUGACACUGUAAAAUUCAGAAAAAAUUGAUAUGAUUUUCGAAAUCAGCGCCAUCGAAAACCUCCCCCACCCCUCCCCCGCCCUCCUUUUUUAUUUGUUUUUAGCGGACCUUUCCGCAGCGGACCUUUCCGUGCUCAAUCUAGAAAAGCUUGUGUCGCAGCGAUAAUGGACCUUCACGGUGCAAAAGCUCAACUGCACCCCGCAAGAAAGGAAUUUCGUGCGCAGUGCGGCCUGCGACAAAAAUUCUACGCAAAUUCGGAGGAGUGAUUUAUGCGGCACGCACUGUAAAAAAAGUUUUAUUUGCCAUGUGAAAUUUGUUCCUUUUUGCACCGUGCAAUUGGCUUUUUUUGGUUGUCGCUCGCACCCUGACUUUCUCUCGCACAACGCCAAAAAUCAUCCUAGCAACUUUACGAGCGGACUAGUAUCGGUACCAGCUUUGCUGCUAUUGAGAAUUUUAAGUUCUCCGUAUCAUUAUUUCAUUAAAGUUUUUGCUUUGGAUUUCCCAAAAUAGGCCUGAUAUUACCAUAAAUCAUCAUGAAAAAAAAAAACAAUUUUUUAUCAAUAAUUUUUCGUCUCACUUACCAAAUUUAGAAAUUUAGGUAUUUCCAUAUGUAAAUCCUUGUUUUUCGCGGAUUAUAAGCUGUAAAAAGCACUUUACUUCGGCUUAUGAAUCCCGUCACACCUAACUGAUCUCCAUUUUGUCGGUUAAAAAUAAACCGAUUAUCUCGCAUGCCCAAAAUGGCCUCUAUUUUUAACUGUCCUAAAAGAUUUUUUUCGGUCUGAAAAAUUUAUUUUUCAGUGAUUUUUUUUAUUUUUUUCAUUAUAGUUCGUCUACAAAAAGCGGAAAUUAAAUCAAUUUUUUUUGCUUUUUUCCCCUUCUUCAUCAUUUUUCGCAUGACUAAAAAAUUCAAUUUCCCUUGGAAUAAUUAAAUUUGGGGCCUUGUUAACUGCAUGACAUUAUCGCAAAAAAAUAAAAAAAUUUUAUUUUUGAAAAAAUAAAAUUUUUUUUUUUGAAAAAAUAAAAAAAGUUGUGUCCUUUAAAUUUUGAUAAAAUUUGUGGCAUAUUUAGAUUACACUUUUCUAAGAUAUACGAUAUCAAUUUCACACGAGAUUUUUAAUACUAUAAUCAUCAAAUUUUUUAUGAUAAAAAUGGGAAAUAUCCAAUUUUUUUAAUUUGUAGACGUAAAAAAUCGUGAUGUCUUCUGCAAAUAGCAAGGUAAGAGUCUCGAAAAAGUUGUAGAAAAUUGUGUGUUAGAUUCAUUAAAAUUGGAGGACCGCAGGGCAUCUUUUCGAAAAAAUUUUGCACAGUGCAAAACCGUAGGCUUUUUUCAACUAGAAAACUGCACUGUGCAAAAAUUUAUGCUUUUUUCAAUUAGAAAACUGCACUGUGCAAAAACACAGGCUUUUUUCAAUUAUAAAAUUGCACUGUGCAAAAUUAUAGGCUUUUUUCAACGAUAAAAUUGCACUGUGCGAAAAAGAUCUUUUGUCCUAAAAAACUUUCUUGGCCAAAAAAAAUUUAGACAAUAUUUUGACCCCUUGGGUUAAUUCAACUAGAAACUUGCACAGUGCAAAAAUGUAGGCUUUUUUCAAUUAGAAACUUGCACAGUGCGAAAUCGUAGGCUUUUUUCAACUAGAAAACUGCACUGUGCAAAAAUUUAUGCUUUUUUCAAUUAGAAAGCCGCACUGUGCAAAAACACAGGCUUUUUUCAAUUAGAAAACUGCACUGUGCAAAAACGUAAGCUUUUUUCAACUAAAAAAUUGCACUGUGCGAAAAACAUCUUUCAUCCCAAAAAACUUUUUUGGCCAAAAAUUUUUUAGACAAUAUUUUGACCCUGUCAUCACUAGAAUAUUCCAUUAUCACUUCAGCAUAACCGCAUCCAUCAAUUUUGACACGUUUUGUUGCGCAUCGCCUCCCAAAAUUUCGUUCGUCAGAAACGUCAGUCCGAGUUUCCACUCGUCUGGCCUCGAAAGGAGUUUGGUGCCAGCGAGAGAGCACUAAAAAUGAAGAGAGACGCCCCACAAAGAGAGCGCUUACUUUUUGGGCGGCCGAAAAAAAGGAGUAUUAAAAUGGGAAAAAGAAGGGGAAUUGGGUUCGCUUUCGGCCCUCCUCGUGCCGAGUAAUUGAAAUUUGAGAUAAGAUAAGGGCAUUUUGAACGGGAAUAUAGGUUACUUUCGGAAUAGUAUAGGGUUUCGGCGGGGAUCUUCGAUCGCUUCGGUCGGUUUUGAGAUGUUUUUUAGUUUUUUUUUGGGAUUUGAGGGGUAAAAAGAGAAUCCCGGUGAAAAGGAGGCUCUAUAGUUCCUCUCUUUUGACUAGAAGAACCUUUUUUUUUUGUCUAGUGUUAUGUUAAAAUAUCUUGUUUUUGCACAGUGCAGUUUUCUAGUUGAAAAAAGCCUACGUUUUUGCACUGUGCAGUUUCCUUGUUGAAAAAAGCCUAUGUUUUUGCACUGUGCGGGGUUUUAAACAAAACGGGACAAGAUUUCUAUCAGAAAGGCGGCUAGAAAUCUUAAAUUGACCAUAAAAUUCAGUUUCCGAGUUUUUGAAAAAAAAUUUUUUGCACUGUGCAGUUUUCUAAUUGAAAAAAGCCUACGUUUUUGCACUGUGCAGUUUUCUAGUUGAAAAAAGCCUACAUUUUUGCACUGUGCGAACUUUUUAAAAGCAUGUAAACUGCCCUGUCACAAAGAUGAUUUACCCGAAAUAUAUGAUUUUUUAACGGACAUCUCAGUAUGUCAAAAACACCCUGACUUUUUCAAUUUGAAAAAAAAAUCAAAAUUUCCGAAUUUUCAAAAUUUUUCGACCCAAAAAAUUUCGGUGAUUUUGGCCAAUAGCAAAUUAGAAGCCUUCCAUCUGCCUCAGAAAAGUCAGUUCUAAAUUUUCACCAAGUUAUAUUAAGAUUUGCGGGUUUAAUUUCGACCAUUCCACAUUUUCAGUCUGUAAAAUCUCAUCGUUGCCGACGACUCAAAAAACAAUCAAAAAGCAUUGUCAGUAAAAGUUCAUUUGACAUUCGACCUCCUCUUUCAAAAUCCACCUGCUUCGGCGUUGAAAACGAUCAAUUAUUUUUGAAAUUUUGGCAUGACCUUUUACCCCAUUCCCACCUGUUUUUUCCCCACGUAAACCGUCAUAAAUACGUACUUGUCGUUGAAAAACGUAGUCGAAGUGCAGACUGUUGUUGGCCCUGUUAUUCGUCUCGACAUAUUAUGUGGUUUUCCAGGUGGAAAAUUGUCUUCAUAAAAAAUUAUGGGCGUUAUAUUAGACUAGACACCUAGUGACGGGGCAAUUGUAAUAUGUCGGUGUUUUCGAGGGGAACAAAAGCUUUUAUGUCGCGGGUUGGACUCUCAUAGCAAAUUUAACCCUACAUUCGUUAAUUUUAGAUAUUUUUUUUCGUCUGGUAGCUUCAAAUUACCUACAUAUUAUACCAGGCAAACCGGUUGUAGGUAAAGUACAAUAUAUUGAUAUUUUUGGUGAGGCUGUGUAUAACCAUUGCACAAUAUGUAUUCGCUAUGACAUAUAGAUGUUUCGUAUGUAAUUUGUAUUGUACAUGGCAUCUUAUGGAUGGGGAAUGUAACUUUUUGAUAUUUCUUGUAUCUACUACAAAUUCUAAGUGGGGUAUUGUUCUAUAUCAGAUACGUAGCUGUUCGCUGUAUUGUUUUUUGAGCAUCAUAUUAAAUUCUAGGUUCGAAUUCAGCUUUAUAUUGGCCUUGAUAUUGGACCUGUCACCUACUGAGGUGGCAAGUGUAAUAUGUUAAUAUUAACGGUUUGAUAUAGGUUAAUAUGUCGCAUAAAAGAGUUUAUAGUGCUCUGAGAGCAUUUAGGACCAUUAACCGAUUUGAUAUCAUCCUUUUUUUUGGUCGUUACGACCGUUAUAUUGCACUAGACAUCAAUUAGUAUGGCAACUAUAAUAUCUAGGUCUUUGUGAACUUACAAACACCAACCGGGCGGGCUUCCAACUCCAUAUGGCCUCUAGAUUCGCUGUGCAGAACACUCACUUAUAAUUGAAGGGAUUAGAAGCCAUAGCGACGCAAUUAAUCCACAUUCACCAUGGUGAGGAUAGUACGAUCUUUGCCGCUGUCUUUGCAAACAAAAUUCGUCACUAAUUAUGCGGAAGGGAUCAUAACAGUCUAAUCCUUCAUUUCCAUGCCGUACAAUGUCUACGGCGGAAGAGAGCUAAGCCUCAGUGACCUUGUUUUAGAGAUUUGGCUCUUGACUUUGGAGAAAUUCGAUUAUUUUUUGGUAAAAGGUUGGGAAUAAUGAGUGGAAAUUGUGUUAGAUGACAUUCAUGUCAUCUUUGGGACUGUGUUUUAUAAUUUUUUUUUAAAUUUAUGAACAGUGCGGUUAUUUUGACAAUUUUUUUAUCGCACUGUGCAAAAUCGUAGGCUUUUUUCAAUUAGAAAAGUGCACUGUGCAAAAUUGUAGGCUUUUUUCAACUAGCAAACUGCACUGUGCAAAAUCGCAGGCUUUUUUCAAUUAGAAAACUGCACUGUGCGAAAAAAAUUUUUGAAAAAUAAAAAAAUUGAAAAUAAAAAGUUGUAAAAUACGUCGAGUAAACACUGUACUUUUUUUCAAGGUAUACGUAAUACAUUUUUAAGGUCCGAAAACCCGAGUAAUUUCAUAAAACCCCCAAUUUUUGCCCUUAUCUCUCUCGAAGGCCUUUAUUUUUCCGUUUCCAUGGAAAACAAAUAUUUGAGACUUCAUUUCGCCCUCUUCCAUUCAAAAUUAAGCUUUAUUUUGCUUGCCCACCUACCUUUUACAUGACGCUCAGAUUUUGACGAAACUUGGCACAGAUUUACAGUAAUUUCUUGUAAGAAAUAUACGAGACUUUUAGCUCGCGUUUUGCAGAAACGACCGAGAUUUUAAGGUCCAAAGUUGGCGAAAAUUUGAAAUUUUUUUUUGCAAAUUUUUGGAUUAAAAGUUUUGUAGCUAUUUCUACUGUAGAGAGUAAUAUUUCCACAAAAAAUCAAUUUUUCCCGCGAGAAACUGGCAAAGAUACGGCCAAAAAGUGGUCUUUUCUCUGACCGCUCUCCGCAUUUCGCGUGCUCUCUCGGCGGCAAAGACCGUUCAAUAUCUCGGCUCUCACUGCAAAUUGUGAGCUAAAAUUCUUACCAAUUUAUAUGUGGACCAAAUCCUAUGUGUACGCAAAAUUUUAAGAAAAUCUGCCGCAUCCAAAAAUUUUCCCAGGUGACCUAAAAUUUUCAAAUUUCGAAAUUUUUUCAACGAAUUCACCGCUAAUUAGAGCAUUCAGAGAAAAUGUUUUCUGAUAUUUGAGCUCGUGAUGACGUAAAAAUGCCACGUAAAUUCGUGCGGAUCAUCCGACGGAAGCUGAGCAAUUCACUCGGUGAUAUUGCACUUGAUUCAUUUGAGGGGUUGCACUUUUAUUGCUUGAGGCAUUAAAAUUGAAAAGCAUGCUUGUUGAAUAUUCAAGCUGUUUACUGAACCGUCUGGUCGGAGUUUUUUUUAUUUAAAAAAAUUUUUUUUUUAUUUGAAAAAAUUCCAAAUUUUUUUUCGCACAGUGCAAAAUUGUAAGCUUUUUUCAAUUAUGAAAUUGCACUGUGCGAAAACGUAGGCUUUUUUGAACUAUGAAAUUGCACAGUGCAAAAUUAUAGGCUUUUUUCAACUAGAAAACUGCACAGUGCGAAAACGUAGGCUUUUUUCAACUAUGAAAUUGCACUGUGCAAAAAAAAAUUUUUUUUGAAAAAAUAAAAAAUUUGAUUUUUUUUUUGUAUUUUGAUUUUUGAUCUAUCACAGAGAAUUUCUAUUGAUUCCGAGAUAUAAAAAUGAUGUUUCUUUAUUUCUGCCAUUUUCCGAACUCAUUCAUCACGGCUCUUCUCGGUUUUAUGAAUUCAUAAAAAAUUCUUGUUGUUUGUGCGUCAAAAAUGCCCUCAAGGGAGUUUAGUUACAGUGAAAGAUUAUAAAAAGAAAAAAUAACAUGUCUAGUUUUGGGAAAACAUCAAAAAAGCGGGGUGAAAAAUCAAUUUUUUAAUGGAAAAAAUUGAUUUUUUUUGGAUCGACUAAUAAAAUUUGUUUAUUAAAUUUAGAUUUUUGGGGGGAAAUAUAAUAUUUAAAAAAAGUUUUUUAAGAAUUUUAACAAUUUUUUAAAAAAAAUCAAAAAAUUUUUUUUUUCGAUUUUUUCGGAAAAAUUCAAUCUAAAAUUUUCUAAAAAUUCCAUUUUUCCAUAAAAAAUCGAUCUAGAAUUUUCUAAAAUCCCAUUUUCUCAAAAAAAAAAAAUCAAAAAAAAUUUUUUUUAUACUACUACUAUUCAGCCAUUUCUCACUGUUUUCCCAGUUGGAAAUUCCCACUGUCACUUUGGUGGCUCGUCAAAAUUCAAAAGAAAUCGUUUCAUAAACAAAAAAUCUCAAAAAAUUUUUUAGUCAGCUCGCAGCAUGAGGUCCGCCGCCCUUUUCUUUGAUCCAUUUUUAACCCGGAUUUGACAUUUGACAAGCAAAUUUGAACCCUCCAAUCAAUCAGUUAUCGUCUCCCGUCUUUUUAGGGCGUUGUUUUCGGAGGGAAUUUAGAAAUUUGAGAUUUUUUAGUGGAAAAAUCAGAAACUUGUCGAAAAAUAAAAAAAUUUUUUUUUCAGAUUUUUGAUAAAAUUUCUGUGUCAGCAUGAUGAAUAGAGCAUUUCAACAAACAAAUCAGUUUUUUCCCAUCAAAAUUCAAAAAGAUAUGGCAAGUUUUGUUGCUUUAGCCUCCUACUGCAACUAACCUUUUUUGCUCAUAUUUUAGUGAAUUUUGAUCGGAAAAAAAUGAUUUUUUUGUUGAAUUGUUCUACCAUUCACUCUGAAUGAACUCUGAAGUUUUCGGGGCUAAAAUCCGAAAGAAAUUUUUUGACAUUUUUUGGUCGAAAUUCAAAAAAUUUUUUUUUACUUUACAAAAAUAAGCCGCCGAAAAAUUUGAAAAAAAAAAAUUUUUUUUAAUUUCGUAACAAAUCAUUUUCAGGAACUUCUGUGAAAUUGAAUAAGCGUCAUUGCUGAUUAAUCAUCAAUUUUUUCGAAUGAAAAACAAAAAAAAAUUAAAGUUGAAGAAUAAUCAGCUCUCUAUUAUAAUGUAUUCGCUUCUUUGGGAAACGUGUUUUGCCUUUUUUUUAUCUUUUUUACUCAUUUUUCCAUUCACUAAUGAUCACUCCCCCUUUUCUCGCUCUUUUCCCUUGCAAAAGAGCGCGCCCGAAACCCGGUGCAUUUUGGUCGAGUGGAUAGCGCGCUCGUCUCGCGUUCGAAAGGUCGCGAGUUCGAGUCCGCGCUGAAGAGGCUGGGACGAAACAUUUGUUGAUAGGAAGAGUAUGAACGUAUACUUGAUUAUAAACAGACACAACUGAGCCUUUUUGCACUUUUUUUGCGAAAUUGUAAAUUUUUCGGAUAGAGAGUAAUUUUAGUUUGAUUAAAAAUUCCUCUCAAAAAACUUCAUGCCCUCAAAUUUUAAUUCCAUAUUUCGAAAAAACUUUUUUCAUAUAUACGUUUUGACAAAUUUAUUUUUUACAUUGUAAAGCGAAUUACUAUUUUUAUCAACUUCCGUUUUUAACACAUUUCUUGUUUUUUUCGCUUUACAGCCCUGUUUUUCGUUUAAAAAAAAUAUUUUGGGAUCGGGAUUAGGGCCAAAAAUACAUAUUGGGGAUCUCGAAUUUUGUUUACACUUUGGGAAUUAGUUGCCACGGGAGAAUUUUGAUUAGAAUUUGUGGGGUUUCCACUAUAAAAGGGCUAAAUUUUCGAGUUUUAAAAAAAAAUUAGGCCGAAAUUAUAGGGUCUCGCUGUUAUUUAGAGGUCUGUUUAGUUGUAAAAUUACUUUUUUCUGGGUUUAAAUUGAGAUUUUUCAAAAAAAAAAAAAAUUUUUUUGGUUGAAAAAUUACAGUAAGAUUCUGAUGUAAAUUUUAUUUUUCAACAAUUUUAUUAGCUCUAUCCCUCUCCAAAACGUCUGUUUCUCCGCGAAAGAUUCGAAUUUCCAAGCCACCCGCGGCGCCCUUUAUUGCGCAACCGAAUUCCGGACUGGCGGAAUGGAAAGGAAUUUCGGGGCGCCGCGGGCGGUCCGAAAAUUGCGAAAUGUGUCGGUGAGUGCUAAUGAAACCACUGUGGGAAUACUCUAUUUUUUCAAUGUGCUUUUUAGGGCAUUCUGGAGGUCAAUUAGGUAAAUUAUAGAGCUUUAGUCAUCACAAUUUUAGAAAUGUCAUCUUUCGAAAUUUUUUUUUUUUUUUGAAGGAUGAGAUUUAUUUGAGGGCUAAUUUUUGGCAUUCGUAAUGUCUUAUGGCACUGUAGAUUAAAAAUACAGCGCACAGUGCGAAACCAUAGGCUUUUUUCAACUACAAAAUUGCACAGUGCAAAAUCAUAGGCUUUUUUCAACUAUGAAAAUGCACAGUGCAAAAUCGUAGGCUUUUUUUAACUAUCAAAUUGCACAGUGCAAAAUCAUAGGCUUUUUUCAACUACGGAAUUGCACUGUGCAAAAAUAAUUCCCCAAACUUCCAAUUUUGUUUCAAAUUUUGCGUACAAACUCUAUCUAGACCACAUAAAACCUCUAAAAAUUUUACCUUAUACUUUUCAUCCGAGAAAUUUCACAAUAACUUGCCGAAAACGCUAAAUUCUUCUCGCCUACAAUCUAUUUUCGGUCUAUUUGCGAUGUGAGAAGACAGAUUACAUUUUAAGGGCUUAUCAGAUCCUUUGCCCAAUCUUUUUCGGCCUCUCAUUUUCUGACGUUUCCGUUUUUCGGGAUUUCCGGUCGGCCCUUUUCGCGAGAACGAUCUUCGGACGUGGAAUCUCUCAUGUAUAACAUUCUGCAUGUUGUGACAUUGUCCCAUUUUUGAGACGGUUUUUGGGGGAAACGGAAGGGGGGUGAGACGGUCAAAUUUUUUUCGGUCAAUAUUUUGAACCAUAAAAAAUUUUUAUUUUUUUUUGCACAGUGCAAAAUCGUAAGCUCUUUUCAACUAUAAAAUUGCACAGUGCAAAAUCGUAGGCUUUUUUCAACUAGAAAACUGCACUGUGCAAAAUCGUAGGCUUUUUUCAACUAAAAAUUUGCACUGUGCAAAAACGUAGGCUUUUUUCAACAACGAAACUGCACAGUGCAAAAAAAAACAACAUUUUUUCUCCUCCCACUUUACUUUUUCACUUCCCAAAAUGAAUUCCCAUAACUUCUGAAAUUCAAUUUUCUCUGGAACUUCUCGUCCGAGGUUUUGGAAUUCCAAAUUAGGCCCGAACGUUUAAAACGGACUUUUUGGAGGUUUUUGGCCCGAAAGAGGGCCAAAAAAUUGAAUUUCUUCGAAAGAAAGACACUUCUUUGAGGGCUUAUUUUUGGCAUUCGUAAUCUCGGAGCGCCCGUCCGAGGUGGGGUAAAAAUAGCGCACCGUGCGAAACCGUAGGCUUUUUUUUUACACUAUAAAAUUGCACAGUGCAAAACCGUAGGCUUUUUACAACUAAGAAAUUGCACUGUGCAAAACCAUAGGCUUUUUUACACUAUAAAAUUGCACUGUGCAAAACCAUAGGCUUUUUUCAACUAAGAAAUUGCACUGUGCAAAAAUUUAAAAAAAAAUUUGCUUAAAAACAGCCCUAGAAUUGUAGACCAGCCUCCAUUAUUACUUUUGCAAGCCAUACAUGGUAAUUUCGCGGCAAAAAACAAUUACUUUCAUGUUUUACGGGCUAAAACCUGUACUUGCUUGAUGUUUGACGCCCAAAACCGCGGAAAAACAAUGAUUAUUUGGGACGAAAAAAUGGCCACGCAUUCCGGGCACUCUAAGACGUAAACAGUCGUAAUCCGACAACCGAUAUCCGGGUGUUUUUCGGCUUUUGUGCCAAGUUUUUGAUCUUUGGUUAAAAAUUUUUGCUUCUACGGGAUUUUUUCGAAAUUUCGACGGUAAAAUGGGGUUUUUAUGGAAAAAUUACUGUUUGAAAUUUAUCGUAGCACUUUUUAGAUUUCAUGUCAAUAAAAAAGAGAGCUUAUUUUGCUAAAAUUUGGGGUUUUCUAACCAUUUUUGAUCAAAAAUCGAUAUAAUUUGUUACUUUUCGGCCAAAAUCAAGUCUAUCAUGAUAAAAUAUGACUCUAAGUUACGUAAAAUGCCUUCUAAAUUAUACCACGACGAUAAUUUCUCCUAUAUUUUUUUAAAAUUUUCCCAUUUGUCAUCUUUUUGAUACAAUGGGGGACCUGAUCCAGUGGCAAAAAACGUACCGUUUUGCAUCCAGGAAGCAUCAAAAGUGUGGCAAAAUACCUCCCUCUUCAAGUGAAAAAACUCCGAUUUCAAAAGCGCACCCGCUCUUUUUGUCAGGGAGCCUUUAAAAACAAAGUUUUUUCACUUGGAAAGGGAGGCAUUUUGCCACAUUUUUGAUACUUCCCGGAUGCAAAAUGGUACUUUUUUUGCCACUGGAUCAGGUCCCCCACUGUAUAAAAAAGAUGAAAAAUGGGGAAAAAUUGAAAAAAAUAUGAGGGAAAUUAAUGUCGUGGUAUAAUUUAGAAGGCAUAUUACGUAACGUAGAGUAAUCUUUUAUCGAGAUAGACUUGUUUUUGGCCAAAAAGUAAUUAUAUCGAUUUUUGACCAAAAAUGGUAAAAAAAAUCCCAAAUUUUGAUAAAAUUAAGCUCUUUUUUUAUUGGUCUCCCCGCCGUAGCUGGAAACCCUCCUCAACGCCCUCAAUAUUUGUUUACAUUCUAGGUAAUGAGAUGUUCUCUCAUCCCUAUUAUAUUUACAAUCCAAAAUCCGCCAUUUCUCGGGGUCUCUUUCCACAUUUGCAUGUGAUGUUCUACCAUGCAAUAAUAUAAAUUCCGCUCGCCGAAUGUGACUUCCCAUUCAAACGAGUAUUUCGAGUAGCGGCGGGUGCACUUCCUCACAUGCUCCGGCUAUUUUUGGCACUUCGGAAUUGAGUUAGAUAGCAAGAACGAAAUAAAUAGCUUUAGGGGUAAAAAAUUGGACAAAGUUCGCAAAAUGUUGCGUAUUUCAAAGUUUUUUGAUGCUUACAAUAAGACAAUUGUUUACGUUACGCUACAUUCAAUCUAUUUUUAUUAUUUUAUUUUCAAAAAAUCGGUUUCCCGGGCUUGUUUUAGCAAAAAACAUCUAUUUUUAUGUCAAAAAACCUACUUUUCCAAAAAACGCGUCAUUAUGACGCUUUUUUCGGAAAAAUUUUUACCUAAAAAAUCUUUAUAGACCCUCUUGUUUAAAUUUACCAUAGAAUAUUGAAAUAAAAUUCCGUUUUUCAACAAGAAAUCGGCUUAUUUCCCCAUAAGUCAUCGAAAUUUGAAACUUUUCCAAAAAAUCGGUCAUUCUGACACAUUUUUUCGGAAAAAUUUUUUUCUGAAAAUUUUUAUGGACCAUCUGCUUUACAUCUACCAUACCAAACUGCAGUAAAAUUUCGUUUUUCAACAAGAAAUCGGCUUAUUUUCCCCAUAAGUCAUCAAAAUUCGAAACUUUUCCAAAAAACCGGUCAUUAUGACACAUUUUUUCGGAAAAUUUUUUUUCUAAAAAUCUUUAUGGACCAUCUACUUUACAUCUACCAUACCAAACUGCAGUAAAAUUUCGUUUUUCAACAAGAAAUCGGCUUAUUUUCCCCAUAAGUCAUCAAAAAUUUGAAACUUUUCCAAAAAAUCGGUCAUGACUCCCUCAAAAAAUAUGUCACCCCUUAUUACCACUCAUCAGACUGCUCAUUAGACCCCAAACUUUAUAUUAUAUUGUAUGUUUCCCCUUCAACCGUCCCAAUUCCAACGAAAUAACGAUAAAUCACUGAUUAGUAACCCGAAACUUGUUGUUUUCGCUGCACCAAGCAUCAAAUUAAUUAAAUUUGCCGCUUUCAUUACUGCAGUCGGCCUCCGACCGCGCUGUAAAAACGCUCCCUACACCCCGACUUCUGGGGGUUUUGCAACGUGAAAACAAGCGAGAGAAUUGGGGAAAGCAAAGGUUCUUGGGCUGAACUUCGGGUUCAACUUGCAAUUUGCGGAAGUUUCUCGAGUUUGGGGCGCGUUGUAACAGAUGAUAGUUGUUUUUCAGUGCUCGAAAUUUUAUUAGCAGCAGCGAGACACGCUGAGAAAGUGAAAAUGUCGGGAUUUUUAUGGGAAAAUCGUAUUUUCAGCACAAAAAUUGGGGAAUUGUAAAAAAAGUUUCGUAGGGUUUGACGUAAAUUGGAGAUGAGUCAUGAAUUUGAUGUGGGAUAAAGUUGCGAAAAGACGGACUGACGUUGGAUUUAGGGCAGGUGGGGAAAUAAGAAGGCUUUGAGAUGGAAAAACGGAAAGUUAUAAAGUUUUUUACGUUAUACUACACUGACAAGGAAAUGGUUUGAACUGUCCGUGAGCUUUCAACAUGAGACCCACAGAUUCUGAAAGAGCGCACAAAAUUUAGUAGGAAUCCGUUUUCCAUUUUUGCCGAAUGGUCUUGGGACGGUCGAUUUUUAUCGACCGGUUUUAAUAUGCUGAUGUUACAGUAAUCUUAGAGAUUUGGUUUUCAGAAAAUUGAAUGCUCAAUCACCAAAAACGUACAUGUCCAGAAUUUCGGGUCAGUACCUCUUUUUAUGAUGCCGUGAGGCAUAAAAUUCCAAAAAGGACAAAUUUAUGCAAAUUUAUACCUUCCGGGCAGAAUUUGGAAAAAAUAUUUUGGGCGUUUGUUAAACACAUGUCCAGGGUCAUUUUAAAAUAAAAAACUCAAAAUUGACUUUUUCGUAAAUAUGCACGCGGUCAACUAUACGCUGACGCAGGGAUCCAAAAAUUGUCUUUUCAACUUUUUUUGCGAAAUUUUAAGAAAAGGUGAAAAUUUGGCAAUAUUCUUUCCUGGGAAUCCAAAAAAAUUUGCAAGUUCCUGGAAAACCUUCUGGAAUGGUCCAAAAACAUCUUUACCAUACCAGAAGACUGACAAAUGGUAUCAUUGAAAACUCAACAAUGUUACCAAAUUGUCAACUUUUCUUGAAAUUUUGCAAAAAAAAAUCUGUAAAACACUUGAAUAAACUUAAAAAAAUUUUUUAUAUAGCUGUAGAAUACAGUAACCGAUAUGUAUAUUCAAGCCGAGUAUAUCCGUUCCGGCUGGACUCGAACCUCCAAGACCUCCCUCGGCCAAAAGAUUUGUGCGUGGAACUUUUUCCACUAGACUAUUUGGUGACGCUUUUCUUUGCCUUCCGGUUCGUCUUUUUUCUCUUUCCAUUCUUUUAGUCGGGUUUUUCUGUCGAUAUUUCUCGUCUCCCAAGACCAUUCGGCAAAAAUAGACAACGGAUUCCUACUAAACUUUGAACGCUCUUUUAGAAUUUGGGGUUCUCAUGUUGAAAGCUCACGGACAGUUCGAACCAUUCCCUUGUGAGGGAUCUGAUCCAGUGGCAAAAAACGUGCCAUUUCAGAUCCGGGAAGUAUCGAAAAAUGUGGCAAAAUACCUCCAUCUCCAAGUGAAAAAACUCCGAUUUCAAAUGCGUUCCCGCUCUAUUUGCAAGGGACCUUCAAAACGGAGUUUUUUCACUUGGAGGUGGAGGCAUUUUGCCACAUUUUUUGAUACUUCCAAGAUGCAAAAUGAUACGUUUUUUGCCACUGUAUCAGGUCCGUCACUGUAGUAUAACAUAAAAAACUUUACAACUUUCCGUUUUUCCACCUGAAAGCCUUUUUAUUUCCCUCAACCUGCUCUCAAUCCAACGACAAUCCGUCUUUUCGCAACUUUAUCCCAUAUCAAAUUCAUGACUCAUCUCCAUUCUACGUCAAACCCUACGAAACUUUUUUGCAAUUCCCCGAUUUUUGUGCUGAAAAACAUUUCAACCAGCUUCAUUUGCAUAAUCCCAAUGAGUAACAUGCUCAUUCUGUCGUAUUUAAGAGGCCAACCACCUGUUUUUAUAUCACUGCUCGGACAAUUCGACCAUUUUAUAUCGUACUAGGUGAUUAAGUUGUAUUUUGUUGAAAAAUACAUGGCUUUGUGUAUAAAUCUUGAGAAUUUUGGUGAGUUAUUAAAUUUGAGGCCUUGAUAAUGUAUCAAGAACCAUGCAGCGUGUAUUUUACAAAGGUUUUUGACAUCAAAACCCCGAAUUUUAUCUUAUUUUAGGUUUUUUUUGAAAAAUUUGGUUUUAUCUUUCUCCCUUCUUAAUCGAAUGUUGUUUAUGCCCUUUCAUAAAGCUGGAAAGGCUUUGUCAGAACGUAUUUUACCAAAUUCCCCGCCCUAUCCUCGCUUCCCAGCUAAUUUUACCUUGUUUUAGGUCACUUGAAGUCGGUCUAUACUAAGCUCCACAAAUCCAAGCCCAAAAUUUCGCAACCCGCCAAGGAAGAGGAGACCAUGUCGGGCGAGGCGUUGGUCGAGUUCCAGCAACAGUUUAGCAGCAGUCGGCGCGCGGGCCGCCGAAACGCGAUGGGCGAUUUGGGGCUGGAAGGAGUGGACCCGGGAGCGCACAAGCUGGCCGAUGAGUUCGAGAAAAUGGGAAGGGACAGUGCGGAGCAGCCCGGCACGUCGACGCAAAAAACUGGAGGUAGGUUUGCCUUGAGGGAAUUCGGGAGUUUCCAAAAAUUUCGAUGAAAGUCAAAAAAAUUUAGAAAAUUCCAAAAAACAUGUCAUUAUGACGGGUUUUUUACAAAAUUUUCGAAUAUACUGAGAUCUCAAGGAUCGAAGGUCUUAUUCUGUUGUUUAAUUUUACACUAAAUUUUUAUUUUAUGUCAAAAUUUGCAUAAUUUUCGAAAAGCCCCAAAAUCAAAAAAAUGCCCAAAAAAUCGGUCAUGAUGACAAAUUUUGGAGCAAAAUUUGACAUGAGAUUAGAGACAAUACUUCGCUCUUCAACUUGGAUACCAUUUAUUUGUUAUGUUUACAGUUAACAACCGAAAAAUCGACCGUUUUUCCAAAAAUCCCAUUCCUCUGGGAUAAUGUCCAAAAAAUCGGUCAUGAUGACAAAUUUUGGAGCAAUUUUUACCAUUACAUUAAGCGGAAUAUUAAGCUUUUCAACCUCGAUACUAUUUGCUUACUCAAUUUAUAGUAAUCGACCGAAAAUCGACCGUUUUUCCAAAAAUCCCAUUACUCGGGGAUAAUGUCCAAAAAACCGGUCAUGAUGACAAAUUGUGGAGUAAAUUUUGACACGAGAUUAAAGGAAAUACUACCCUCUUUAAACUAGAUAUUAUUUCUUUAUUAAAUUUUGUGUUAUCGACCGAAAAAUCGACCGUUUUUCGAAAACUCCCAUUCCUCGGGUAUAAUGUCCAAAAAAUCGGUCAUGAUGACAAAUUUUGGAGCAAAUUUUGACCUGAUAUAAAAUAGAAUGCUAUCUUCUUGAGCCUCGAUACCAUUUACUUUUAUGUUUAUAGUUAUCGACCGAAAAAUCGACCGUUUUUCCACAGAUCCCAUUUUUCUGGGAUAACUUCCCAAAAAUCGGUCAUGAUGACAGAUAUAUCAAAAAUCAACUCUUCAAAAUACCCUCAAAUUACUCGUCAGGCUAUUUUACACUAGAAAAUAUCAAUUUCCCCCACCAUGAACACUAUUUUAUCGGCUAAAUCGUCAGUUUUCAGAUGAAUGA